CUUUGUUGAUAGCCAUGACAGCAUGAUAGUCUCUUACAUUUAAACCAUACACCUUCUCCCUGUCUCUUCACCUUGCCAAACCCAUUCCUUUUUUUAUUUUUAUUUUUAUUAUUAUUAUUUAUAUAUAUACUUGUGCUUUAAUUCACUCUAUUCCGCCGUCAUCACACCGUCAAUAACAAACUCCUCACUCCACUCUACUCAUCAUCAUACUUUAGGUUUUGUACAGUUAUUAACGUCGUCGUUUAACGCGAUCGUUAAUCGAUUUUUUAUUUUUAAGUUGUAAAAUUAAGAUCGGCGAUCGGAUUCAGAUCAUGGGCGGAGGUGGAGCAUCGCCGAACGCCGAGGCUCAGUACACGACGGCGAAGAUAUCGGUAUGGUGGGAUAUAGAAAACUGCCAUGUUCCUAAGGGUUCCGAUCCUCACGCAAUCGCACAGAAUAUCAGUUCAGCACUUGUUCGUAUGAACUACUGUGGCCCCGUUUCCAUCUCCGCCUACGGCGACACCACGCGCAUCCAUAUGUCUGUGCAGCAUGCUCUCUCUAGCACCGGAAUUUCACUCAAUCAUGUUCCCGCCGGUCUGAAAGAUGCAAGUGAUAAGAAGAUCCUUGUCGACAUGCUGUUUUGGGCAGUGGACAACCCUGCACCUGCUAAUUAUUUAUUGAUUUCGGGUGAUCGAGAUUUCUCUAAUGCCCUCCAUCAAUUGCGAAUGAGGAGGUAUAAUAUCCUUCUCGCACAACCUCAAAAAGCAUCUGUACCCUUGGUUGCAGCUGCUAAGAGUGUAUGGCUUUGGACUAGUCUCUUAGCAGGAGGACCUCCUUUGACUAAUGGUGAAUCACAACAACUUGAUAAUAGUAGCCUUUUAUCAUCUUCUGAAACCUUACAAAUUCCUGUCUCAAAUACCGCUCAGACGCAGCAACAGGUGGGUCCUUAUUCUGAAGUUCAUGCAGCAAAUUCAAAAGUUCAAAAUGGAGGAAGGGGAUUUGAUUCUAGAUAUCAGGGGAGACCAACUUGGAGAAGCCCUAGUCAACCAAAUGGAUCCAAAGCGUUGAAUCCACCCCCAGUUGGACAUCAAGAUAACCGUAAUAAUGUAAACAAUUAUCGACCUGGCAACUAUAAUCCAAAUGUUCCUCUAAGCGGAUCCGCCACAAAUUUUGUCCGCGCCAAUUCUGAUCAGUUAUGGAGCAAUAAUGGUAGUACUCCACAGGGAAAUCAUCAAAAUCAUUAUUCCCAGCCAUUAAGACCAAACAUUUUUCCAUUGCAACCUCCUUUUGCAUCUAAUAAUUCAUAUUCUUCAAAUUCCCAUACUUUUGCAACUUCACCGGUGCCACCUAGGACUAGUGGCCCUAACUUCAUUACAGGGCCACAUACAAAUGUGCCAGAUAUUGGUAAUCUGAACAUUUCUGGUUAUCCCAAUAAUGUUCAUAACCCUCGAACUGUUCCGCAACGGAGUGGAGAGUUGAAACCAAAUCCUAAGAAUAUUGCUCCACUUCCUGUAAGAUCAACAGAUGAACAGAAUGGACACAUGGUGCAUAGCAGUAGCACGCAAGGCUAUCCACAUGGUCCAGAAUAUCAACCUACACCGUCGGCAGCAAUGGGUAAUAAUAAACUUCCUGCUAAUGGAAUGUGGGGAUCUCAAGGAUGUCCAAAACCUUCUGAAUAUGUACAAGGCCUUAUUGGGGUUGUUUUACUUACCCUGAACUCGCUAAAAAAUUCAAAGAUGAUGCCAACUGAGGCAAAUAUAACUGAUAGCAUCCGUUAUGGAGAUCCCAAGCACCGCAACACUGAUGUUAAGAAGGCUCUGGAGAGUGCAAUUGAGCAGCAGAUGGUGGUGAAACAGAACUUAGGUGCUUUGACGUUGUAUGUCGGUAAGAAUGAUAAACUUUGGAAGUGCGUAAAUCCUUUAGGUGGAAAUCCUAAACAGCACUCCAAAGAAAUUUGGGACGAAAUUCAAAAAUUUUUAACGACCCCUGCUGGAAGAUCGGCAAUAAUGGGCACACACUGCAAGUAUGAAGCAGGUAUUGUGAUAAAGAACAUGUGCUUUAAAGAUCUUGCUUUGGGUGAUGUCCUUCAGAUAUUGAACAUGUUGAUUCUCCAUAAAAAAUGGAUAGUGCAUCAACAGUCUGGCUGGCAACCACUCAUCCUUACUCUUCCUGAGUCAAACCCCGACUCAGGGGUCACCGCAAGCACGUAGCCACACCUCCAUUCUGGUAAUGGAAACUUGAAAGGCAGCCGGAGAAAACUCAUAAAAAUAAUUGAAUAUAUUACAAGCCAGUUGGACCAGGAAUUAUUCUAAUAAUUCCUGUAUGAGUCAAAUGAUAGGUAGUAAUUUUGAACUCUAGUACCCAAAUAUCAUAAGUAUAUUGUUGGUUAUUCCUUCAGUUCGUUGAAAACAGAAAAAUGAAAGCAGCAUUUUGACGAUGCCUGAAACAUUCGAAAUACUGCAUUUCGGUGUUCAUUACAGUGAAUCUAUCUUGGAAUUAGUUUUUGCCAUCGUAUGCCUUGAGCUUCUGCUCAAUUCUAGUCUUCCUCCAAAUUUAUACAUUGUUUGGAGAUUGCCUUAUUAGACUGAAAUAUUUGAAUCCUUUUAGUGAUAUAUUUUAUAUAUGUCCAAGAUAUUAGCCAAAUGCAUUUUCCAAACCUUGGUUCUGUUUGUUUAUUAUUUAAGAUGUGAUCUACCAAGUCAGAUUCUUCAGGGUUGAUUUUGAAAUGGAAGUCCAGAAUUUGUUCAUUUGAUACUUGUCUGUUGAUCGUCUUCCAAGUUCCAAAUGUUACAGGAAGGUUAACUACUGAAAAGAGAACACUUAAAUUGCAAAAAAUUGGAACUGCACUGAUAAACUCCUGGACUAAGCUCUUAAUUUGCUAUCCGAACACAAAUACAAGGUAUGUUUACUAAGGUGGAUUUUGAUUAUGAAAAAUCACGAUAUAGAGUUUUCAACAUCAUUCAAAGAUGGUGAAAUAGCACAUCCCAUUGCAUUUCGUGUUGCUGAUGGUGCCUACAGGCUACAGAGUUGUGACGUUUAAAUAUUCAUCCGGAUUUAGCUUUUGGAUUUCUGGUUCAAUAUUUUGAAAUUGCUGAUUCAGUUGCGAAUUGGUCUCUGGUCUUUCUGCUUUCUAUUGCCUUUUAAUUUUAGUAGCUGCUGCCUGCAUGUAUAAGAAUCCGAAUUGAAUUUGCUUUAUAGUAUUAUUUAUACAUAAGCUGUUUAAUAUUAGGUUUUCAGCUUUUAAAAUUUAUUUUCAUCUCUUUUGUAUCUAAUAGAUGUACUCUGUCAGAACUGGAAAUGCCAUCAAUUCGUUUGAUCUGGUUAAUUAUCAAAGCGUUGUUAUUACCA